AUGUCUAGGGCCCCCACGGUUCUCGGUAGAAACCCCAGAGAGGGGGGCCCCCUGCCCCGCGCAUCCCCCACCCCGGGGGCCACCCCGGGGGCCCCCCCAGAAGAAGAGAUGUCAGGGGUACUGUUCAGCGAGCCUGGGGGCCCCUUGAGGGGCCCCCCCUCCUCUGGCGAGGGCUCAGAGACAGCGUUCGGUGAGGGGGGGCCCCCCAUGGCGGCCACACAGGCAGCAGCACAAGAGGAGGAGACUGGGGCCCCCCACGACAAUGAAGUUUCUCUGCUUCGUGUUGGGGGGCCCUCACCGCGCGGCAGCAACAGCACAGACAGAGACAGUGCAGAGAGACAGCUGCUACUGGGGAGCCCCGCAUACAGCUUACCCCAACAGGAGACAGAAGAGGCAGAGGAGACAGAUGAGCUCUCAGGCGCCUUAGAGACCUUCUAG